UCGUAAUAUACAGGGGUUUUGAAAAUAGGUUGUGUAUGACAGGAGGCUUCGUUUUGCCGGUAACAACAGACAACAUAAAGGUGAAUACCUGGUCAUCAUUAUCAGCUAGCAAUCCUUCUUUGCUACGGACCAACAAUCUAUGGAGUUGACACUGUGAUCAAUUGGUAACCUUUUCUCUGUGACUGGAGGCCGACUGAGCCGGGAGCUUUUCACUUGGAAAUAUUUUAGAUGCUCUCUGUAGAUGUUAUCCGUGUACUGACGUACGCUGUUUGCUCACCGGCUGCUUGGAGCUGGAUCAUCUUCAGUAACUGUCGUCAUCCACACACACAGUCUGAAUUCUUGUUUGGAGUUCAUCUCUCCAUUUUUGGAAGCAAAGCGUGGAGGCAGUAAUAUUCUUACGACGACCCGGCGAGGGUUGAAUGUCAGACUGGAAGUGUCGGUUCAGCUAAUAGCAGCUUUUUAGUGUACCCAGUGUAUGGGGUGCUGGUUGGGAAAUCCCCAUGCUGUGUUGUUGCUACCCGGGGUUCAUACGGAUGUACAUGUAACUGCUGAGUGAGGUUUACAGAGAAGUGCUUUCAUGUUAUUAUAAUUUUAACUCGAUGAAGAUUUAUGAACUGGAUAUCCUUUUUUAGUGUCGCUGUCAUCACGUCGGGUUUGAGGAUCGCAGCUGAGGGAUUUAGAGACGGGCUUCUCUCGUGUCACCAAAUUAAUCUCGUCGUGAGGAAGUAGGUGUUAAUUAUUUUUCAUCAGUGAUGGUGCGUACUUGGAUUGACAAAACCAGGAAGUGAUACGUAUCAGGCUUUGUUGUUGUUGUCCUCGUUUAGAUUGUUGACGCCUAUAUUUUGACAACAGGACGCCGGAAUUGACCACUUGGAUGUAAUACGAGAUUGUACACUUGUGUGGAAGGACAUUACGUCUCACCUGAAGUUUCUCGAACUUGGAUUGGAUUGAGUUUUUGGAGAUGAUAUUGACGUGAUUGCAGGUUUGUUUUUGUUUUUAAAAGCGGCCUAACCGAAAACCAAAUUAUGACUAGCAUCGUGUGCCACCAUCGUUUCUCUAUACUGAACUUAUUGACAUCAAGAGCAAUAGGGACUUUAUCAUCAUUAAAAUUGCCGGUUACCCUCAUGUGAUCAAGCAGUGUGUUGGAUUCCAAAUACUUUGCGUCAUAUUCACGAUUCAUCUUUACAAAAUCGCAAAACGUGGAAAUCAUUUGUACGAACCCACGCGGGAAAAAACUGUGGCUUUCCUCCUGAACACAACGCUUUUUGGAUUUGCCCCCCAAGAGGACGUCACGUGUUACGUUGCUGAUGGUUCAACAGGGCCACGGGAGCACCAAUCAAGGCAUGCUGUCGCGUGAUUCCUCCUCUGCAUGGAGGAGGACUGAAGGCUCGCCGUGUCUCCCAGUCAACCCCAUCGCUGGACGUCGGAGAGCUAAUGGUAGACGCCCAACUGCUAAGCGCUAUACCCUAAACUCCACCACGGCUAACGGUUACCAUGACGACGAGGACGUGGAGUCCCACCACCGUCGCCAUCUAGACACCAUCGACAUGGCGACCGCUCCGGGCUCUCUGACCAAUCACGUGACUCGCUCGACAGCCCGUCCGCAGGCAGGCACCUUCGAGGAGCAAGGCUACAUGAAUCAGAAGGAGGAAAUGGCGGCGAUGCAGAACCGCAUCCCGCAGACAUUCCGCGAUGCCACCACGGCCCCGCUGCGCAAACUCAGCGUGGACUUGAUCAAGACUUAUAAACAUAUAAACGAGGUGUAUUAUGCUAAGAAGAAACGGCGUGCCGUACCAGCCCAAGGUGACGACACAAGCCAUAAGAAGGAAAAGCGUCUCUAUAAUGACGGAUAUGAUGACGACAAUUACGACUACGUCAUCAAGAAUGGGGAGAAGUGGGAGGAUCGAUACGAGAUUGACUCUCUCAUCGGCAAAGGAUCCUUUGGACAGGUUGCCAAGGCUUAUGAUCACCAAGAGCAAGAAUAUGUAGCCAUCAAGAUAAUCAAGAACAAGAAACCCUUCCUUAAUCAGGCCCAGAUAGAGGUCCGCCUCCUGGAGCUCAUGAAUAAACAUGACACCGAUUGCAAGUACUAUAUUGUCAAACUCAAACGUCACUUCAUGUUCCGCAACCAUCUCUGUCUGGUCUUCGAGCUUCUCUCCUACAAUCUCUACGACCUUUUGCGAAACACGACCUUCCGCGGUGUGUCGCUGAACCUGACGCGGAAGUUUGCGCAGCAGAUGUGCACGGCGCUGUUGUUCUUGGCCACGCCGGAGUUGAACAUUAUUCACUGCGACCUGAAACCCGAGAAUAUUCUACUGUGCAAUCCAAAGCGUAGUGCAAUUAAGAUUGUAGACUUUGGGAGCUCGUGUCAACUGGGUCAAAGGAUCUACCAGUAUAUCCAGAGUAGAUUCUACCGGUCACCAGAGGUUCUUCUCGGUAUCCCGUAUGACAUGGCAAUCGACAUGUGGAGUCUAGGGUGUAUCCUAGUGGAGAUGCACACCGGGGAACCAUUGUUCAGCGGCUCCAACGAGGUGGACCAGAUGAAUAAGAUCAUUGAGGUUCUAGGCAUGCCUCCUCCACACAUUAUAGAUCAAGCUCCUAAAGCUCACAAGUACUUCAUCAAGACGGAUAAAGUCUGGGUUCUUAAGAAGACACGAGACGGCAAGAAGUACAAGACGCCUGGCUCCAGAAAGCUGCAUGAUAUUCUAGGUGUAGAAACAGGUGGACCUGGUGGUCGGAGGGCAGGUGAAUUGGGCCACUCUGUCUCCGAUUAUCUCAAAUUUAAGGACCUCAUCAUAAGAAUGCUGGAGUACGACCCUGCAGUAAGGAUCAAACCUUACUACGCUCUUCAACAUUCGUUCUUCAAACGCACUGCGGAUGAGAGUACAAACACAAGUAACACCCCGUCUACGAGUCCAGCCAUGGACCAGGCUGCCACGCCACCAACCGGAGGAGAUGCUUCAUCAGGGUCAAGUUCAGGAGGAGCGACUGCAGGCAGUAGAGGGUCUGGAUCAGGCUCAGGUGGCCGGGCACGCUCAGAUCCUCCCCAGGCAAACACUGCUGGUACCCACCACGGCGGUUCCCAUCACGCAUUGGGAACGCAGCACACCGCAACAACCGGAUCAAUGGACUACGAACCCUCAUCAACUCAAGGUGUCGCCACGGCAACCUCCUCGCAAACUUGGGCCCCGACGGAGGGCAGUUCUUUCACGGCGGGUGCAGCAAGACUUAACAAUAGUGCGCAUGGACACUUCCAUGGAGGGUAUCACACCCACGGACACCUCCGAAAGCAGCACCCGCAGGCGUCGCCGUCGAGCACCACGACGGGUGUGACGCCGAACACCGUCGUGCUGCAGCAAUCUCAGAAUCCAGUGGUCACUAAUUUGUCUUCCGGUGGAGCACCGCACGUGCAUUACACGCCCUCGGACUCAACGACGAGCACGGGCUACAUGUAUCAUGGACAGUUGGACUGCACGCAGAGCGGAUCCAUGAAUAUGCAAUUAGCGGGUUACGGUGGCAACACCCACUCCCUACUCGGUGGGAGUCACACGCAAACGAGUAACCCACAUUUACACGGACAGAGCGCGACGAACGCUAAUAUUAACUAUGCCGCGGCAGUGAGCACGGCACCCUAUGGGUAUACACUAACGGCACAGACGGCAGUCAAUCCAACGCUAGUGACAACGCAACCACCAACGAGGCAGGGCGAUGAGUCGCCAAUGGUUGGGGUCGUCCAGCAAAGUCCGGUUGUUAGCCACUGACCACAGUGACGAAGCCGUUUUAUACUCGUUGAGCACUCACUGUGGACGGUAACACGUACAGGAAGCGGUGGACCAGACUCUGUGUGUUGUGGAAGAUUCAAAGGAUUUGGGAUGGAUCCACGUUGUAGUAGCACCUCAUGAGAUGUUUGAGAUGCAAUGAGUAGGCGUCUUGAGGUGAGGUUACUCAACUGAGAGACGAUGACGCAACGAGUAUGAUUCGGCCUCUAGUCUGUAAAGUGACAAUUUUUUUUAGCUAGACCACGAUGUAGAUAAAGGAAACUGUUCUUUUUGAUCAAAUUGGUUUUUUUUAAAGAAUGGGCUUUGUGUGGAUUCUCCGUAGACCGAUGAUCAGCCUUCUUCCCCCCCCCCCAAAAAAAACCCUCCCUUUUCUCAAUGCCUGGUGAUAUUCCUACAUUCCCCCUCGAAAUAUGCAUGGAAGAUUCCUCCCGGGCCUCUCGGUCCCUCUGACUGUGAAGCACCCCUUAAGUGGUAAAUAGGAUGAGCCAGUUUACUGGUUUGAUGGACUAUCUGAAGCCUUCCUCGUUGUAAGUUUGCUGUGAUUUCCCCUCUCUGGUGUUUAUACAAAAAACACCCCUCUAUGAUAAGUGCAACAGCCCAAGAUCUUGCAGAGUGGAUCUGUUUCAAUCCUUUUCCAUUGUGAAUGUAUGGGUGAGUUUGUUUCCUGCUUUAAUAUGAUGAAAUAAAAACAAUUUAUUCAACUAGUCUACUUUGUGAUUAUAGUCAGACAUCAUGUGAGCGCCCAAUCGCCGCCUCACGUUACCAUGGAAAUAACAUCCUUUUUUAUUGCCUGUUACCGUGGAAAUGACAUGAACAUGCUGUGUAUGUUACCAUGGAAAUAAUAUCCAACCGUGCAUAGUCGGGUACGCUAGCAGCGACAUCUUGCUACGGUGCAAGUUGCCAUGGAAAUGACAAUGUUUAACAACAAAUCAACUACUGGAAUAGAGUCUUCUGUGAUAGGUGAUUUACGAGAGACUUUCAAGUUUACAGCAUGUUAAAUGAUUUGUGAUUGCGUCAGAGACUUUCACCAAGCAAGCAAGGAAAAAGUCUUGGAUUCAAAUAACUCUCAAAUCUCGGACAACUUCUGAACUACUUCUAAUCUGACUUUUACUUGGAACUUUUAAAUGAAGUCUAAUCAUUCUUCUCGACGAGCAAGUGUUUCUUUGUCUCUGGAUCUGAGAAUAACGUUAACGGCCUGUUUAAAAUUUAGUCUGGUGCUCAUAAUGUGGUUUACUCCUACCUUGUGAUGGUUACCACGUCCAUUAGGAACUGGACAAGGAUGGCUGACAGUCAACAUUCACUCAAGAUGGAAAGAAAGAAACUGCAACAGAUGCAAAGAUAAGAUCCAGUUUGGCCAUGCCUUGCAUUGCCAUAGCAACAGAAUAACAUGUAAAAUAGCUGUGUAUAGAAUUUUUUCAAAAAGGCAACACAAUCUCCAGGUCAUGGGGAUCGUAAUUUUUAAAAGAAUCAUGUGAUAAUGCUGCCUGUUACCAUGACGAUGGCCACAUUAUGUUUCACUCAUAAUUCGGUUUUUAAAUUCUGAACGCUACUUCCCAAAAUAUGAAACCGUUUGGGCUAAAGUCUUCUCUCUCACAUCUUAAGAAAACAAGUCACUUUUUGAAAGUUUUUGAAAUAAAUGAUGCUGCAGUCAAACAAAACAAAACUACACAAAGAAAUGUAGAAACUAUUCUGCAGUGGCUGCAGAAUUAUUUUGAUGUUGAACUUAUGUGGAUAUUCUGCAUUAAACAGUGUACAGAAUUCAGACAAUGUUCUGUAUGGAUCUUCAGUGUAUUGUAUGUGCAGAGUUUUGCAAAAGAACGCACUGCCCAGUGUACAUGCAUUCUGCAUUAUACCAUGGAGGUAGAACAGUCUACAGAAUGCAGACAGUGUUCUGUAUGGAUCAUAAGUUACUGCAGUGUAAUCUGCAGAGUUUUGCCCAAAAAACAUCCACUGCAGAACACUGCGGCCAGUGUACAUGCAUGGCUUUACUACAGUGUUUCUGUUGAAAUUCAUUUCAUGAUUUGAUUGAAAUUCUUUAGCCCCAAAUGUUUCAUGACCACCCAAAAACAAAAUCCACUUUUAUUAGUUUGUUUAUGUUUAUUAUGUGCUUUUUUACUUUUUUUUCUCCUUCUGAAAUGCUCUAAGUUCUGUUUUAAUUUUGUUUUAGUGUAAGAUUUUAAAUCCUAGGCUGUUCAGAUGCGAGAAACUUGAGGUGCUGCAGGGUGCUGUAGCAAGUUUCUGGUAUUUGUCGGUGUGUUUUGACAUGGUCUGAAUUAGCGGCUCUGGCUUUAAUAAGCAUCACAGGAGCAUGUGUUGAAGUAUAGGAGGCCCAUAGCAACAGCCUUAGCAACAGCCGCAGCCGCCAAUUCAGACAUAGCCUAUACAUGGGGUGCGCUUCGGCGGUUGUAACCAAUGACUGGUCAUUGGUCAGUGGUUAUUAGCCAAUGGCCAAUUCAACCAAAACAGUUUUCGGCUACGGCUGCGAAAACACACCCCUGUUAUAUUUGUAUCUAA